ACCUCGGCCCGGCGCGGGCAGGCGCGCACGGCGCAGCCAUGGAGCCGGAGUGCCGGGUGCUCUCCAUCCAGAGCCACGUCGUCCGCGGCUACGUGGGCAACAAGGCGGCCACCUUCCCCUUGCAGGUUUUGGGAUUUGAAGUUGAUACGGUGAACUCUGUCCAGUUUUCAAACCACACAGGCUAUGCCCACUGGAAGGGUCAGGUGUUGAAUUCAGAUGAGCUUCAUGAACUUUAUGAAGGACUUAAGCUGAACAAAGUCAACCGGUAUGAUUACGUGCUCACAGGGUAUACAAGAGACACAUCAUUUCUUGCAAUGGUGGUGGAUAUUGUCCAGGAGUUGAAACAGCAGAAUUCUAACCUCGUGUAUGUGUGUGAUCCAGUGAUGGGUGACAAAUGGAAUGGAGAAGGCUCUAUGUAUGUGCCCAAGGAUCUCCUGCCAGUCUACAGGGACAAAGUUGUACCUGUUGCAGAUAUAAUCACUCCUAACCAGUUUGAAGCUGAGUUGCUCACAGGCAGGAAGAUUUACACAGAAAAAGAUGCACUGGAGGUAAUGGAUAUGCUCCAUGCCAUGGGACCAGAGACUGUGGUGAUCACAAGCUCAGAUCUACAGGCACCUCUAGGAAACGACUACCUGAUUGCUCUGGGAAGCCACAGAAAAACUAAAGCAGAUGGUACCAAGAUGACACAAAGAAUUCGGGUGGAGUCUCCUAAAGUGGAUGCUGUCUUUGUUGGGACAGGAGACUUGUUUGCUGCUAUGCUUCUGGCAUGGACACACAAGCACCCAAACAAUUUGAAGGUGGCAUGUGAGAAGACUGUGUCAGCCAUGCAGCAUGUUCUGCAAAGGACCAUUAAGAGUGCAAAAGUGCAAGCUGGAGAAGGAAACAAACCAAACUCAGCCCAGCUGGAACUGAGAAUGGUCCAAAGCAAAAAGGACAUAGAAAACCCAGAGAUCAUAGUGAAAGCUACCGUGUUAUAAAGGCUCCACAUCUCCAAUAACGCACAAUGUAUCGAUGUCCUCAUUUCUUUCCUGUAAUUUGUAAUAUUUGCCUUAGAUCUGUGACAGAAACCUGACUUUCAUGAAAUAGUGCCCAGCAUAGGCAGAUAUCCACUCUCAAAUAUAUGUGCUGGCCUUGCUCAGUUUUAAAAACAGAACAGUUAGUGUGCAUUGAAGCAUAUUCCCAAGUAUCCCAAUGUUUGUCAGAUUCACUUAGUCUAUGUGAUUACCCAGGGCAAGAGAGCAAUGUUCCUGCCUUGCCAAAGACUGUAGAUGAGAAUUUGCUAAUGGAAUGCUUGACUGACUGGAAAAUGUAUUUCAAGAUGGCAUCUAGUGCCAAUGGAGCUGGCUCCAUGCUCCCUUUUCCUGGAGGUACCUGGUUACCUACUCUGGUAUUCAGUAUCUCGGCUAUGAAACUAAGCAGGGUUAAAGCUGCACACACAGUUCUGGUUGUGUGUAGGGGUACUCUGAAGAUGUUUGGCAUGUUUAGUACUCUGAAGUGACCUUGAGGUGUCAUUCACGUUGCUGAUCUCUGCUCCUGUUUCUUGUCCAUGAACAGCUGCACAGUUUUGGU